GCCUUCCUCCUCCGCCGCCGCUGAUUGGCGUGGUUCUCCUCUCCUUUCCGCCACUCCUCUCCACUUCCCGUGCAGGCUGCGUCAGCUGGGGCGGGGCCGCAGCACGGCUAAGGAAAUACCUGCUCCGCCCUUCCAGCCGCUACGCCCAAUGAGAAAGCGGGAAGGGGUAGCGGAAGCGAGUCGCCAGCCAAUGGAAAGGGGCAGGCUGGGAGAGCGCGGGCAGCCAAUGACGGGGCGCGUGGCGCGGCGGGUGUGGGUCGGCGGCGCGCGCCGGGCGGCCGUUAGAGGCGGGGGGAGAGGAGAGGAGAGGAGAGGGGAGGGCCGCCAUGACGCGGAGCUGCUCGGCGCUGGGCUGCACCGCCCGGGACAACGGGCGCAGCCGGGAGCGCGGCAUCUCCUUCCACCAGUUCCCGGUGGACGCCGCGCAGCGCCGCGAGUGGAUCCGCGCCGUGAACCGCGUGGACCCGCGGAGCCGCCAGGCCUGGAGCCCCGGGCCCGGGGCCAUCCUCUGCUCGCGGCACUUCGCCGAGGCCGACUUCGAGCGCUACGGGCUGCGGCGGAAGCUGCGCCGGGGGGCCGUGCCCUCGCGCUUCCCCCGCCCGGUGCGUGCCCGCAACGGCCGGACCUGCACUGUAGGAACAGGCCGUCCCCAAGAGCACUGAAGCAGCCUCUCCUAGACCAUUCUGACGACGAGGUCAUCGCCGAGGAUCACAACUACAGCUUAAAGGAUGCCGUCGCAGCUGCCGGACAGCAGACAGAAAUGAAGGCGGUACAGCCACUGCCUGAGAAGCAGCAGCUUACUGCAGCAAGGAGGUGCCCCACAUCCCGGCCAAGAAAAAUUUUCAGCAUCAUCAGGGAGCUGGCGGAGAAGAAACAAUUGUCUGAGGAAACUGUGAGUUUGCUGCAGGCCCAAUUUUCAGCAGAUUUGCCCUGUGAGUCACAUAGCUGGAGGCAGAUGACAGAAUACUCCCUGGAGAUGAAACAAUUUGCUUGUGUUCUCCACCUCUACCAUAAUAAGGCCUAUGACUAUCUGCGGAAGAUUUUUCCCCUGCCUCAUCCUUCCAGCCUGACAAACUGGCUGUCUAAUAACGAUGCUGCUCCUGGCUUCAGCAGCGACAUUUUUAUUCGCCUUCAGGAAAGGGUGGAGAAGGGCGACCAGGGCUACCGUUACUGUGCCUUGAUGGUACAAGACAUGGCCCUCCAGAAGCAGCAGGAAUGGGACCCCCAGACCAAACGUCUCACGGGCUUUGUUGACGUGGGGGCAGGCGUCCUGGAUGCCGAUGAAGCCCCGCUGGCCUCAGAAGUGGUAAUCCUCAUGGCAGUUGGCAUCACGAGUCCCUGGAGGGCUCCUCUUGGCUACUUCUUUGUGAACAGCUCGAGCGGCCACCUACUUGCUCAGCUACUUCGUCAGACCGUCAAUAAGCUGAACAACAUCGGCGUCGCGGUGCUGUCUGUGACAUCGGGUGCUACCGCGCGCGGUGCUGAGAUAGCCAGAGCUCUGGGGAUCCGCAUUGACCCCGAUAAGAUCCAGUGCACUUUUCAGCACCCGCCCGGCUCGGCUCACUGCAUCGCGUACUUCUUUGACGCUUGCCACGCGCUGCAGCUGAUAAGGAACGCGCUGCAGUGCUUCCAGAAGAUACAGUGGCUCAGUGAAGCAGCACAGUGGCAACACGUGGUGGAGCUUGCGGCUUUGCAAGAGAAAAGGGUGUUAGAGCUGUGCAGUCCCAGGUCAGGCUGUCCUGGCAGUGAGGAGCGCCGCUAUUUGAAAGUCAACCUUGCCACCCAGCUGUUCAGUGAGGGUGCUGCUGAUGCACUGGAGCACCUCCAGAAGCUGGGCCUGGCCUCAUUCCAGAACUGUGGCGGUACCAUCAAGUUUGUGCGUUUGAUGAGCCGUCUGUGCGAUGUAUUCCAUGGCAAAAGUCCCUAUGGAAGGGGACUGAAGGGGCCUUUGCUAGCUGGAAAUUACAGCAAAAUAAGCCACCUCUUCAACGAGGCCAAGAGCUGCUUUGUCACCUUAACGGACUCUCUUGGGAGAUGCAUUAUAAAAAGCAAACGCAAACUGGGCUUUCUGAGUUUCUUGCUCAACGCCGAGAGCCUCGAGUGGCUUUACACCAAUUACGUGCUUCCGGAAGGCGUGCCUUUGCACCGCCUCCUCACGUACACCUUCAGCCUUGACCAGCUGGAGCUGUUUCUUCGGUGUCUCAGGCAGGCUUGCGUUGGCUGGGGCAAUCCCACUUGCGCAGCGUUCCAGGCAGCUUACUACAAACUGCUGGCCAGCUGCAGCUUGGCACCAGGAUUACAACACAGCAGCGGCUUUGGCCAUGUGAGCACCUUGGAUGUAUCCAUCUUCCGCAGGACGGAUCUGACCCUUGGCAACAUUCGUUCUCAGUACGAUCCAGCUCGUAGCAGGACUCUGACGAUGGAGUACCCCUUCAGCGCAGGCCUUUCUUUGCGUGACUCUGCGCUGAGCGAUGCACUGACGGACCUGUCGCUACACGUGCAGAGCAUCACCUGCGCCACUGGGUUUGUUGCUGAACAAUUAGCCUCUGAUUUACAAUGUGAAGCUUGUGUUGCUUCUCUUUUUGAGUCAGAUGAGAGCAUACCAAAAUGUGGGUCAGUGCUCUACAUAAAAAAGUUAGGUGGAGUGAGUCUGCCCUCUGCAAGCGUGCACCACGUCACGAGCAUUUCUGAGCAAGUCCUUAGGACAUACACCAAAGUGCGAGAUUGCGGCAAGAGCUCUAAGCUAUGGGAUCUGUUUCUAGAACAGAAAAUUUGCUGUGAGCUUCUGGGACAGAGCCCCCUCUUUCCCACACUCACUGACCAUUUAUUUGAUGGGGAGUCGUGCAUCAACAAUCACUACACCAUCUUGUUAAAGGAAAUAAUGCGAUGUUACAUACGGCUCAGAACAAACCAUGCCAAAAACUUAAACUUGAAAUAUCAUUGUGGAAGGCACAGAUGGAAGAGACUAAAGGGAAAACAUUCAUUUGCAUCACCAUUGCAUAAUUGGCAAUCAAGCCCAACCUGUGUAGGGCCAUGACUAGUCAUUCAUUGCUGUUAGACAGGGAUGGUUGCCCCUACUUAGGCUCAGUUAUGGCCGGAUCCAGGCAACACUUAAGUCAGCAAACAAUAUGGUGUCUUGCCGCUAUUUGCCUGGCAAAACUUGCUUUGUUAAACAGUGACGAGUGGGGCCAGUGCAAAUGGUUCGGGGUCUGGUCACAGUUCAGACGAGCCAAGGAAAGCAGUUUGUUUCACCCUGCGUUCCCAUCUAGGAAUCUUGCCAAGCAGCCACGUCUUGGACUUGGUAUCUGCGGCAGACGAGGAGAAGUUGCUGGAAAUGCGUAGCGAGGUGGUAGGGGACAAUGCAGCAUCCCCUUGUGGUGCUGGGCUGUGUAGUGCUGGGGGUGCUCUUCCUAAGAGGAGAAUAUUCAUGCAUCUGCAGUUGCAUGGGGCAGGGGGAUUAAGUGUGCUGCUAAUUUGAGUUUGCCAUAGCAAUGCUGCAGUAAAAAAGAGGCAAAAGAGCUUAUGGAGCUUUUACUUUAAAAGGAAAAUAAAGGCGUGGGGGAGAAAAAAAGACACUCAUGUUGUACAUGGCUCUAAUAUCCCCUCCUAUAGGCCUCAUCAACAAGCUAAGCUAGCCAUUUGACAUAAGUCUGGACUCAGUGGAAAGGGGAUUGCGUUAAAGAACUACACCUCUAAAACUUCACUUUUAAAAAUCAACAUUGUGAUAAAAACCUGGGAAGGUGUUGUAAUUCCCCGUGAGAGAACAAGGCUAAGGCAGCUUCCAUGCCAGUGUGCCUGGCAGUGCGGCAGGGAUCGCGGAGGCUGUCUCUGCAGGCCCUGCUGUGCCCCUCCGGGCAGGAGCGCCAGGGCUCGGGCACAUACCGCUACGCUGCUGCGGGGUCAGCUUUUCGGCUCUGGUUACAUGGCCCUAUCGGGUCACCCACUCACCGCGCAACAUGACGCUCCCCUCCCGGAGCUUGCGCUGCAGUUUGGUAUGUCCUACAGCCCCCAGCACACGGCAGUCUUCUUUAGAUGGCGUUUCCGCUGAUUAACUUGGCUCACAGAUUCUGCGCCAUGAAGUCAAGCAGUAGAACAGGCUUCUUCAUUCAGUUCAUUUCCGUGGUAAGGAGGCUGCCUUGGUAUACAGUGCUCCACCUGGAAUAACAAAGUCCAGCAUAACUGCUGCUUAGUUAUUUCCCCUCUGGCAUGCAGAACAACAGUUACAUCCAUGCAGACAGCAAGCGUUUACUUGCCAGUUACCACCCUUGCUAUCCAGGUACUUUCAAACUGCCUAUUGUAGACAGGAUGAAGUAUGGUGAUCCACUAUUUCCCGGGGUGGGAAUAAUAUUCAAGGUGCAAUUCUGCCUGCCAGUAAACUUACAAAACAGCCACUGGUAGGUUUGGGUUCUUCCCCCCUCCCUUAGUCCUGCACUCUGACUGUGGGAGUGGGGCUGCCCUACUCAAUCCCCAGCGCUCUGCUUAUGUAGCAGCAGCUGCAGCACUACAGACCUUCAUCUGUUCUCUGCUGGGAGUAACAAGCCGAAACCCCAAGAGUUCUCGAUGUUUUUUCUUGUCCAGUUACCUAUGCAAAAAAUAAGAGUGUUGAAGCCAUCACUAACUGCCAUGGAACCACUUCAGCUACAACAUAUUUUGUAGGAAAUAACUAUUUUUUUCUCGUAUUUUUGAAUUUUCAAGACAACCAGCAAGAUGCUGCAGAAAUCUCAGUGGUUGAUUAGCAUGGUUGUGUGCCACCACGCACUUCAAGUUGCAGCGUUUGCAUUGCCUAAACCUGCAGCAGCAAAACGAGCUGAGCUGUGGGGAGCAGGCCCUCCCUUGCUGUUAAUUCUUUUCUGUUGGAAAUAAGCCUGCUACCACUUCCUGUUUACAUCAGACAGUUUGUCUUGUUUGGUUCAGAUUGAGCCUCGUCCCAUCCCUUUGUAAUUCACUUCAGUACUGAUGUCGGAGGCUUUUGAGAUAUGCCAAGGAAGUACUAAAGUGCCUGCCGGAAUUAGGCUUAAGCCUAAAAGCAGACUGUUAGGAAAAGAAAAAGGGGGGCAGUUAUCUAAUUAGAAGAACAAAGUCGUCUAAUACUCACACAAAACGUGACAGUAGUUGCAGGAAUUCUGCAGCAAUUGUCAUUCAUUUCUAAAACAUACAGACCUGCUGUUGCCCACCAGAAAUAAUCUCGACUGUACUCACUCACCCUGCAGGAAUUUGCGGCUUUCAAUGGAGUUUUUCAGCAUUUCUCACUCUACCACUAUGACCAGGUGAUCUCUCCUGCCACGCUUUUUCCCACAGCGCAUCUCGGGCACUGCUUUCUCUGCCCAGCAACUCCACUUCUUGUCCAGAUGUUCACCUGCAAAACACUGAGCAUCCUUCCUCACAGCAACACCACGCCCCUUCUGGGGUGUGUGCACCCCUGUCCCAACUCAUACUGAGCAUUUGAAUCCUUCUAGCGCUUCCCCUCCAUCACAUCAAUUUCAAGUUUAUCAUCUUCAAGCAUCUGUAAUACCUCAUCCCCUUUUCACUUGCUUUGGCCAUCCUGAUAUUUUUCCUGAGAAAUCAGGGGCACAAGAAUGAAAAAAGAAAGGCAAAAAAGAGAGGGCAAGCUCUCUUUUUGACUCCCAUUCCUUAAUGCAAGCAAGACAACAUUAUGGAGCUGGUCACAAACCUCUUCCACAUGACGUAAAAGACCCAGGGUCCCCCUGCCCACCCCCAAAGCUGUACAUUGUCCCUGCUACUUACUCAAAGGCUGUCACCAAAGCUCAGCCUGAAAAUUUUGCUCUGGGUCCUGGAAGUGGUUGUGUGGCACGCUAUCUUCAAGGGGAUUGCAGAAAGGCCUCUCGGUCCAGCCCUGCAGAUCUUCCUUCUCAGUCUAAGCCUAGCUUUGGUCUAACCAGCACACAUACAAAAACUACGGUUUCCCAUGAAAGAAUCAAAAAAUAAAAGAAAAAUUAACAUGUGGGCUUAACAACCUGGUGUUGGCUUGGGUUGACAGCUUUUGCCCCUUUCAAGCUAUGCAGCCUGCAACUUUGUGCCUCACAGCCAUUGCUAUGCACGAAAGUACGCAAGUAACCAAGAGUUUAUCUCCAGGAGGAUUCGCAUACAAAAAGUCAAGCCAGUACUUGCAUCAAGACUGUGCCUAGCUAUAACAGAUUUAUUGUUUUGAUAUUUCGGUGAAAAUCUUUACUGCAUGUUUGUCAGCGCUCAAGGAAAGGAGUGCAAAAAGAUCAUAUUUACAGAAUAGUAUAAAUGUUUAUUUUUCUUUGUGAUUUAUCUGACUGUUUUAUUUUUACAAUAUAGAAAAGUGUAUUCUUUGAAUAGGUCUAGUAAAUAUAAAUUUAAUUUUUCUACUUUCAGAUGUAAACAGAACUAGAAAAUGAACCCUUGCCCCUUUCCCAAUUAUUUUUAUGUGACUGGAUGAACUUGACUGUAAAUCUUGUCCAGCAGUUUGAUGCAAAUGGCUAAGGAAGUACAAAAACCAAUUCAUACAUACUACACCAGGGAGAGGGGAGAGAGGAAUCCAAGCUUAAUGUUUGAGAAAGCUUGUUCAAACCAAAAUAGAACUAAGAGCAUUUGAUUGCACCUUCAAAGUCUUUACAAGCAAAAUAUUCUCAAGCAAUGCCAUCAUACAUAAUUACAACUGUAAUCUAAAUUUCACAAGUGUUUUUGCACACUGUAUAUAAAUACACAUCACAAAAGGUGCAAUUUAGAGUAAGACACAGAAUAUAUACAAAAUUAACAUGGAUUGAAGUCUAAACAAAAGAAGGCAUAUUGCAAUCUGUUUGAAAAAUAACGUAAGUAGGUAUUACUUUAUUCACUUACACUAAUUUACAUUUAUACAAAUCUUACUGGACAUACUAUAUUAGGUCACUAGAAGUAAACUGAAUAUCCGCACUAUUUACAUGUAAAGUUACUGCACUGACUUUUAAUAAAUCCAAGUCCUAAUUAUGAAAAAAAAUGGCAUUACUUAAAUGAGUGAUGGAUUCCCUUCUCAGAGAUUUGCACAAGUGUAUUUGCUACUUAUGCUCAGGAAGAUGCUAUUACAGGACAGGGCUCUUCAAAGGGUGACAAGCAGGCCAAAUCUGGUCCCCGGCACCUUGCGAAGCGGUUUGAGGGGCACCAAACAUGGGCUGAAGAGAAAGGACCUUUCGCUCAGUGGGCAGGAGAAUGGGGUGAAGCCACAGAGCAGAAGCAUCCUCCCAUCCUGCUGCCGUCACACACGUAGGCACUUGGCUCUGCUGCUGGUUUGCCUAGUCCCUACCUUUUCCCAGCCUGGCCCUGUUCAAAAACCCAGAGGAAGAGCUCUGCUGUAUCUCUGUAUUUACAGUUACACAAGGAAUACAAAAUCCCUUUUGGAAAAACCCAGCGAUCUUUUUCAGGCAGCAGUAAGACAGUUAAUAAAAACGCCUGGGAUUAAACACGGUUAUUAUGCUACUUUUAGGUAAAUAACUUACCAGCUUCAGUUUGUAAAUGUGUUCCACUAUCAAAAAUGUGAUCGGAGAUUGCCUGUAACAAAUACUGAAAAAAUUCCCCACCCUAGUCUAUACACAGCUAUAGUUGAUUUGUUUUUUCGUUUUUUUCUUCUUUUUUCUUUUUUUUUUUUUUUGUCAAA